CUUUUUUUAAUUUCAAACAGCAGCCAUUGCCUCGCUUUUUUCUCCUUUUCAGUUUUGUGGGAGAGGUAGAGGGCAGGUCAGUGUUCCACACCUUCUGUACAGCGCUGUGUCCCUUCGCUCUCUGGAGGCACUCCCUUACUUGGAUUAUUUUUCAUCAUUGCAGUUGUAUCAGUUUUUCCCCCUGAGUUUUUUAAGUCACUCAGAUCUGUCACGUGUUCUACUGUUAACAUGGAGUCCGACACCUAAGCCCUGUGUCUUUGAGGCAGGUGUAGAUGCUCCAGACGCAGCAGGCCCCAGGAAGAGGCUGCCUCCAUCCAGGCUCAGCGCGGCUCUUCUCUGAUUCCUGGGUCUCUCAGUCGCACUUUGCUCCACACCCUAACAGGCAACCACAGAGAAAAUAAAAUAAACAGGUGUGAAGAGGCCACUGGAGAUUCUCAAGAAGGGAAGCCAUUUUGUUGUGACCCACAGUGACUAUUCAGCAGUGACAUUGACCUUUGAACCUUUGGUUCAGUCUGGUGGGUUUUCUGUGAUUGGACUGUCCCUGGAGGGGUAGGAAAUCACCCUACCCGUCUGUCCGUCUGCGUUCUACCCUCGGACCUCCAUCGCCAUGGCGACCGUGGUGCAGCCCAAUGAGCUAGUGUUUGAGUUUGCCAGCAAUGGAAUGGAUGAGAUCAAUCAGCUGGAUGACCCGUCCGUGUUUCCAGCUGUCAUUGUAGAGCAGGUGCCCGCCGCUGACCUGAUGCAGGUCUACUCAGGCAUGGAGUCGGACGAGGUGGCCAACGGCAUCAUGGUGGACACCACUCUACACGUGGUGGAGGAGCCUAUUAUGGUUGGAGACGUGGGCCUCUCAGAAACGACGAUGUCAGGCACAGAUGACAGCAUGGAGACCAACGAGGCUGCGGCAGCCCUUCUCAAUAUGGAGUCACCAAACAAUAUCCUGGACGAGAAGCGCAUGAUUCACACCUAUGGGACCAUGUUGGAGUCUGACUACACAUACAUCCCUCUGCGGCCGGAGCCCAGUGGCUGCAUGGAUGUAUCGCUGGACGAGGAAACAUCCUCCAUGGACGAGAUCCCUCAGAAGAGCGUGUCCAAACCACAGAGGAAAAGUAAAGUGCGCAAGCCGCGGGCGGUGCGUCCAUGCUCCCCCAUCACCACUCCCAGCCUGCCACUCAAGAAGAAGAGCAAAGAGGGCAAAGGGAACACCAUCUACCUAUGGGAGUUCCUCCUGGCCCUGUUGCAGGACAAGAACACAUGUCCCAAGUACAUCAAGUGGACGCAGAGGGAGAAGGGCAUCUUUAAGCUGGUGGACUCCAAGGCUGUGUCCAAACUGUGGGGCAAGCACAAGAACAAACCUGACAUGAACUAUGAAACUAUGGGCAGAGCACUCAGGUAUUACUACCAGCGCGGUAUCCUGGCUAAGGUGGAGGGCCAGCGGCUAGUCUACCAGUUUAAAGAGAUGCCUCCUGACCUAGUGGUGAUUGAAGAGGACACAUGCCCCGAACUCAGCCCUGGCUAUGGGGGUCACCGCCCCAGCCACCACGGCCGGGGAAUGGGGGGCCGUGGAGGCCCCAGAGGGGGUCACGGUAAAAACCCUGCUCAUGGGCACCAUCCUAUAUUGGUAAAACAAGUGAAGAGAGAGCCUAUUGAUAUGGAUGGAGGGCUGUACCCUGAGCUCAAUGGUAAACAUGCAGAACAGAUGAUCCAGACGGUCCACGUGCUGCAGCCCAACCAGGGGGCGGCUGUGCCGGCCUCCUCGCACACUGUGAGGAACAUCAACAUGGCUACCUCCGUCCCCAUGGUCCUGACGUCGUCCGGCCAGUUGCAGCCCCUCCUGUCCAACUGCGACUCCAGCCUCUCCUCCCCGCCCAGGGUCAUCCUCCACACUGUCCCCUCCACCACCACGGGGGGCAAGGAUGUCCUCACCAUCCAGACAGCCUCCUUGGCCACCGGGGCGGGCAGCCUCCAGGACCACCACCAUCAGCACCAGCACCCCCAAUUUAUGGUCACCAGCCUGGGCUCCACCACUACCAAUACGGGGGUCAUCAGCUCCACCACAGCCUCCCUCAACGGCCUCCCCCGCCUAGUCACCCUCAAUGCGGCCACUGGUCAACCCAUGGUGGCCCAGCAACCAGGAUCAGUCAUCACCACCGUGCUCAAGUCCUCCAGCGGUGGCGAGCUCCUCCAUGGCCUGCACGGCAUCAAGGAGGAGAUGCUGGACUCCUACUACCUACAGUCAUUGGUUAAUGGAGACCCUUCCUUUGGGAUGGAGGCAGGGGAAGCAGAGCUCACCUACAGGACUGUGAUCAUUGGGACGAACCAAAGCCUUGGACAGAGCCAGGGGGAGACUGGCAGCGAGUCCCCAGUGAACGGACACUUUGCCCAGGGAAGCAGCCCCAGCGAGGGCCUUACCCCUGUGGAGGAGCUGGAGGUACGUGGGGAGAUGGCCCUGCAGCCAGAGCACAUGCUGGGGGUCAAGGGGCUCCAGGAGCUGCCGGAGAUCACUGUCCACCUCCCGGCCUCCUUCAUCCAGAUCAAGACAGAGCCCACAGAGGCCUAGUAGGCCUGGACUCUCCCACCAAAGCUGGACUAUGGAAUCAACAUAAAAAAGACUUAUUAACUAAGUUUCCUUUUCCUUAUCCCAAUAAUAAUCUGAUUUUGAAAAACUAUGGAUUUUGAAAUGUGGAGCGACAAACAGGCCAAAUGUCGGCCCCUGCAGGAUUUUUUUGUUUACUCACAGCUGUUCUAGUCACGUGCCUAAAUUUUAACAUCAAGGGAUUGUUUUGUGAUGUGUUGUUGAAGGCUCCAUUGAUCCGAUAGAGCUCCACAGUGGAGGUGUCAUAAAACCUAGCUGUCAAACAGGGAAAUGGUUCCAAUCAUUUUUCCACCAUCCAUUUUUCCCAUUGGGAAAAAAUAAGGGCUGCGUUUCGUGUAGGCUUACCGUGGCGUGACGUUUUGAUAACCAUGUACAUCUCUCUUGGACUAGGUG